AUGAAGACGAAUGGCAUUUACACUGUUCGCAACGUCGGAAGAAAACGCAAAUUCGUCUCGGUCGAGCUCAACGGGGUAGCAGUCAAGCUUCAGCACGACUCGGCGUCCGACAUCACCAUCAUUUCGAACGAAACAUGGGCUACCAUCGGACGACCACCCACUCAACCGACCGAUGAAUCUGCUGUCACAGCGUCUGGUAGUGAUUUGAAUCUCCUCGUAGAGUUUCAAGCCGACAUCACUAUUAACGACGUGACCAAGACAGGGCGCAUUUUCAUCUCUGAUAGCGCCGAUCUCAACGUUUUGGGAAUCGAUACUAUGGAUCUGUUUGAUCUGUGGUUCGUACCGAUUAACAGCUUGGUCAACGUCGUACAUCAAAACUCUGACCAAUACGUUGAUCGCCUCAAGCACCAGUUUCCGGAGGUUUUUCGAAGCACGCUGGGUAGAUGCACAAAAGCGCAAGUGAAGUUAUACUUGAAGCCUGAUGCCCGUCCAUGCUACUGUCCGAAGCGACCAGUGGCGUAUGCGGCUCUUCCCAAAGUAGAUGCGGAACUCGAAAGGCUCGAAACAAACGGUAUAAUUUCUCCAGUUCAAUUCUCGGACUGGGCAGCACCAAUAGUCGUCGUACGGAAGUCGGACAAUGUUUCGGUCCGUGUGUGCGGUGAUUAUUCUACGGGGCUGAACAACGCGCUGGAAUGUGACCGUCAUCCUCUACCUCAUCCUGACGAUCUUUUCGCGGAGCUGGCUGGGUCACACUAUUUCACACACCUUGACUUAUCAGACGCCUAUCUACAAGUUGAGGUCGAGGUGGAAUCGCGCAUGCUGCUUACCGUGAACACACAUUGCGGCCUUUUCCAGUACAACCGACUUCCUCCCGGAGUCAAGUCGGCACCUGGCGCUUUCCAACACAUUAUUGACAGCAUGGUGGCUGGCAUCUCUGGAGUGAAACCUUACCUUGAUGAUAUCUUCAUUGCUGGCCGCACCAAAGAGGAGCACGACCGUAUCCUCUAUGCUGUUCUCGAACGCGUCCGUGAGUAUGGUUUCCAUUUACGCCUUGAAAAAUGUCGUUUCGCGCUUUCCCAGAUCGGUUUCCUUGGAUUGAUCGUCGACAAGGACGGUGUUCGGCCUGACCCGUCCAAAACAGAAGCCGUUGCCAAGAUGCCACCCCCGAAGGACGUGAAGCAACUUCGCUCCUACCUCGGAGCUAUCAACUAUUAUGGUCGAUUCGUUCCACAGAUGAAGCACCUCAGGGAUUCCCUGGAUGACCUACUGAAAAAGGAUGCUCGCUGGAACUGGACAAAAGAGUGUCAGAAAACUUUUGAGCAGUUUAAGACCAUUGUACUCUCCGACCUGCUGCUUACUCACUAUGACCCAUCUAAGGAGAUCAUCGUCGCGGCAGACGCAUCGAAGUAUGGUCUAGGCGCUGUCGUCAUGCAUCGUUUCCCCACCGGUGAGGUGAAGGCAAUCGCACAUGCUUCUCACUCACUGACGGCAGCGGAAAUGAACUACGGCCAAGUGGAAAAGGAAGCAUUGACGUUGAUAUUUGCUGUCACCCGUUUCCAUAAGAUGCUGUACGGACGUCAUUUCACUCUCCAAACCGAUCAUCAACCGCUGCUCAAAGUUUUCGGCUCGAAAAAAGGAAUACCAGUUUACACAGCCAAUCGUCUGCAACGAUGGGCUUUGACACUUCUCCUGUAUGACUUCGAGAUCAAGCACAUCUCGACGAUGAAUUUUGGCUACGCAGACUUCCUGUCCCGGCUGAUGUCAUCACAGCGCAGACCAGAUGAGGAUUACGUCAUAGCUGCCGUCUAUGUUGAAUCCGAAGCAAAGGCGAUUCUCGAAGACUCCAUCAACAAUCUGCCAGUCAUGUUCGGCGAUCGAAUCGUCGUUCCAUCAAAAAUUCCGGAAGCGAAUCGUCCGCCAGCUACAUCGUGGGCACCCAGGAAUGGAGCGGAUGAAGUCUCUGGCUCGCAGCUACAUUUACUGGCCGAAUGUUGA